AAAGCAGGCUAAUGUAGCUAAAAAAACAACAAUGACUAGCCAUUUCCAUGACACAAUCACAAAGUCGAACGGGAACGCUAUAAAUGCCCCGAGACCGGAAAUGAAUGAAAUGAAACUCGGAAGGCUGGCGUCCGAGGAUUCAGGAACGCACCAGUAUACCGCUCCCGUCUCAGGGGAAAAUGAGGGAAUGAUGCAAGAGCAUUCAAAAAUAUGACGGGCUUUCUAACGAUAAAAAGCUCAAUGCAAAUGGGUGAAGUGUCACUAUAUUUUCUAUAUAUGUUUUAAAUCAGUGUAGGCUAUGCUAGUAUGUUCGCCCACGAUUAAAUAAAUGUUUAGGCCGAGUAGACCGAGUGCAGUGAGGUUUACCGGAUGACGCGAUAAACAAAGAUGGCUGCGCCCGUAGUGAUUGAGUUUAGAUUUAUUUUCUUAGCAUUUAUACCACGUUGUUUAUUUUAAUGUCGAUUUGAAAUGAUCGUAUACACUUGAAUACAUUUCUGCUUUAAUCCGGUCACCGAUUCAUGCAUUGCACGGUCUUUUGGGGCAUGCAAUUCAAGGUAAAUGUUUGUUUUUAAGCCGGUUUGCUAUAAAGGCUAAUGUAGCAAACAAUAUUUACAGCCUGGUACGGCUCUUCGUGCCUCAGGGAAACAGCGAAAGAACUUUUUUUGGGGAAUUGAAAUAGGCGAUGAUUACAAAAUAUUAAUGAUCGGAGUUACUUGAAAUGUUAAGUUUAUACCUGAUGAAUGUUCAGGAAAUCUUUGCAAUCCAUUUCAGGUUUUGUUACAUUAUGCAAGUGGUUAUAAAUUCUUAAUCUUUCAAACCUAGACUUUCUCGACCUCUCGUAUUAUUUCCCCCCGAAUAUCCGAUUCUGGGUUUUUAUCGACAACAGAGUAAAAUAUGUUAACAAAUAUGUCACUGUGCGGCCCAACUUUGGAAGAACAGCUUUCGUCCAUAAUUGACGUACUUGCGAAAGCUGCUGUAUCAGAAAUUAGCCAACUGUUCUCGGAAGGCUCGGCUACCCUUCGAUUACAAAUAACUCGGAGCCUGAAAGAAAACCAAGCGCUGAGGAUGAGGAUGAAGGUGAUGAGGAGUGAGCUGUUUUCUUUGCGGCUUCAAACGAGAUCAAAUGCAUCGUGUGCGGCAAUUCGUUUGGCCUUGGCUCGAGCCAACACCUGCAAACCAAAUGAUGACUGCAGUGACUUUGGAGACCGCAGCACCCAGCGCGACGCCAUCUCAGAGACUCUUUACACCCCUGGCUCCUCCCACAUGUCCAGUCACAGCGAGGAGCUGAGGAUCCUGAGCGUCUAUGGAAAAGGGGAGGGCCCACUGGCGCUGGACGGCAAUGGCACACUCUUCAACUUGUCCGAACUGGAGGCCCUGAACUCGCUGUCUGCAGACCACAGCGUGGCCAAGAGCCUGGAGCGCGGCGAGGAGCUGGUGCACCGCGAGGAGCUGACUGUGCAGCAGCAGACCCCAGACACCAUUUUAAUCAAAGAUGAAGAGGAUAUUGGUGGGGGCAUGCCAGCUGUAGAAGGCUGCGCUGAAUUUGGAGACUGCAGCACACAGCACAGCGCCACCUUAGAUAGUCUGCAUGUGGACGCUCCUGGCUCCUCCCACAUGUCAAGUCACAACGGGGAGCUGAGGAUCCUGAGUGUCUAUGGAAAAGGGGAGGACCCACUGGCGGUUGAUGGCCAUGACAACCUCUUCACCGGACCUGAGGCUCUGAGCUCGCUGUCCGUAGAACACAGCGUGGCAAAGAGCCUGGAGUGCGGCGAGCAGCUGGUCCACCGUGAGGAGCUGACCGGGCAUCGGGGCGGCGGCAAGGACCGGCCCGGUGUGUUGUCUGGAGAGGUGUGUUGGCAUUUCCACAAUGGCGAGAAGCCGUACGGGUGCGACCAAUGCACGAAGCGCUUCCAACUGAAAGGCAGCCUGAAGAUCCACAUGAGGACUCACUCCGGGGAGAAGCCGUACAGUUGUGACCAAUGCGUGAAGCGCUUCAGUCAGAGCUCCGACCUGAAGGUCCACAUGUGGACUCACUCCAGGGAGAAGCCUUACUGGUGUGACCAAUGCGGUAAAGGCUUCAGUAAGAGCUCCAACAUGAAGAUCCACAUGAGGACUCACUCCGGGGAGAAGCCCUACAGGUGUGUUCAAUGCAUGAGGAGCUUCGGACGGCUUUCCACUCUGAAGAGCCACAUGAGGACUCACUCCGGGGAGAAGCCCUACAGUUGUGACCAAUGCUUGAGGCGCUUCAGACAGAGCUCCACUCUGAAGUACCACAUGAGUACUCACUCCGGGGAGAAGCCCUGAAGGUGCAACGCCAGCUUCAGCGUCCCAAACAAAGAGCCAAUUGGGAGCUUUGACACGGGGCAACGGGACGCUUUGAUCGUCGCCAUUAUUUUUUUGCUUUGUUAAAGGUUCCAUGGCAUGUUACUUUAUGGAUGCUUUUAUGUAGGCGUUUGUGGGCCCCUAAUACAGUACUGGAAGACGUUCAAGAAAGACUACGUCACGUCACGAAGACCUGUCCAAUGCAUGACUUUUUGUUACAUACAACUAGUCAAAUACAUUGGCCACAUUUGUUGUCUAGAUAAUUACAAAGUUACAAAACCAGAUGCUAUUUGAUCGCAGAAUGCCCAAAACCAUCUGUAACAAACUAGAAAGGAUAUUCGGUAUGGACAUAUUACAAAUAAAAAGAACUUUGAUGAAGAGAAAUGAACUGAUGCGAGUGCUGGACCAUAUGUUCAGACAGGAGCACCCCAAGGCCACUAGUGUGCCAAGAGGGAAAAAGUGAUUGUGUUUACAGUGGAUGUUUCGCAAUGGCGAGGCGCAUACAGAUUUUGUUCAUGUUCUGUAAAUAUUCUAGAACCCUCCGGCUACUCCGGCCGGAGUCCUGGCGCUCUAUAUCUAAAUAGUAUCAUAUUAUACAUAGAUAUCUAUCAUAUAAUACAUAUUAUCAUGGGCAAAAGCUGUGUGCGCCUCCAGACGAUAUUAUGAAUCUCAAACGGCUGCGUCGGUUUCUCUGACGUCUCUGGUUCUUCCACUUCCACAUCAAUCUGAAGUAGACUGAACCACGUCAUGGAGGAGAAAGGGAUUGUUGCCCGCGAUUGUCUCCCGCCGGAGCCCCGCUGCCGAGGCGUGGUGCCUCGGUAGAAAGCAGUGGGCAGUGGGGCUCCGGCGGGGGACAAUCGUGGGCAACAAUCCCUUUCUCCUCAUUGUCGUGGUAUCAAGUUCUUCUUGGAGUCAAAGCCAAAGUUCCUUUCCCCCAAUUCCUUAUCAACCAUGGAUGAUAUAACCCCCACUACGAGACUUGCUACCAGAGACGUCAGAGAACCCGACGUGUUAUGUGCCAUAACACCAACAGAACGGUUAUCCAAAUAACAAAGAAGUGUACAACACUUGCGUUACAGUGUGUGUAUUCACACACACACACACGUGGUGCUCGCACGGUCGUAUUGUCUCAUUGGUGGGCCAAAUUCUCUUGGCUGGCAAAGCAGAGGGAGGAAAAUUCCAAACCGGCGUGUCUUUUUUCAAAGGUAGAGCAGGAUAGCUAGUCCUCGUUUUACACCUAACGCCAUUUCUAGCCACUGGGGGAAUGGGGGACAUAUUAAUGUUAGAAAACCUCAUAAAGUGACAUUUUCAUGCCAUGGGACCUUUAAAGACUCUUUCACACUUUUCAUUCGCCUUCUGAUUUUAUUGUUUGAAAUUUAUGUGUGUGUGAUGAAUAGUCGCUUGUUUUUUGGACACUUCGGAAUACCAAAUAUCUGAGUUAAAUUUAGAGCAGGAUCAUGGGAAGAUACAGGAAGCAAAGUUACCAAGCAUACAUUCAACGAGACAAAGGGUGUACAUGAUUCUUGUAGGCAAUUUCACAUUGUGGGUUAAUACAAAGGUGAGGGGGAGUGACCAUCGUGGAGAUUUUAGGAUUGCCCAGAGGAGAGACCAAGUUCAAUUUAAGUACACUGGGUGAAGUGGACUUGGCUGCAAGACUGUUAAAGGAAUCUACAAAACAAAUAAGUCAGUGGACUGGCCUCAGUAUCAGACUUCGCGGCUACAGUUGCAAUGCAAAUGCAACAAAACCUUUCAAAUGGAGAGGGCGGGAGCGGGAGGUAUCUCUAGGUCCAAGGAGAAUGUCUAGAAAUCCCUUUCAAUUGUCUACAUACAAUAUAUAAUUGUAUAUUAUAGUUUGUCUUUGUCUUUCUUAAGUUUUAUUCUUUCUUACUUAUUCUCCACAAACUUUGGGAUCCUGCUCCUUCCACAAUUUUCCCCUGAGAGACUACAUUCAAGUUUUAAAAUGUUAAGAGCAGCUUGGAAUCGCGUGCUUCUAUUCAGAUUAUUCUUCUCUGAUGCUUCAAUUUCUUCAGACUAACUGUUAAUCUUCUUUUAGACAUUGAACAAAUUAUGACAUUUGUAACUUCAAAAAUAUAAACAGUACAAUAAAAAAUAAUCUAUACA